UGGCUGACCUAUCCUCACUUCACCCUCGCUCCAGGGUGCUCCUUUACGAGCUUCUAAUUAUAGAAGCGAAUUUUCAUCCGCUUGAGAUCCAUGAAAGCUUCUCCUAACCACCUGGCUCAGUUUAAAGAGAAGAAAACAGAGGAUGUUAUUUUCUUCGGAGUUACGAGAUCUACAGCUUCUUCAUUUACGCCAGACGUACCAGAUAAAUUUGUCGUUUUACAACUGCAUCUGACCGUAAGGCUUAUCCCUGAUGUACAUAACUCGUCCCCUGAGACGAAUGCAUCUUAUCAAGGAUUUAAUUAUAUACGUAUCAAUACAUCCAGUGUGUUGGUACUACUGCGCUCCUAUUCGUACAAGACCAUCCGGGCUUAUAUAAAGAAGAUGAGGAUAUCUUCAUUUUUAAAGAUCUUUAGCAAUGACUUCACCAACACACGAGGAAGAGGGAUGCCCCGCGUACAUCAAGCAACAGGUUUAAGAGGGCACUCGAUGAAUAGCUGAUAAUAGUGUCCAUUGUACCCU